UGAAAUAUUUCCAACUUCCUGACAGUUACCCAAUGCAAUCUUCAACCAAUCAAAAUAAUUCCAUAUUUCACCACAGUUUCUUUGAAGUCUGUCAACCAUUCAAUUAGAUUAAUAUCAGAGUGUUAGCAAGGGUCACGUGCCUCUAAUUACAUUGUCCUUCACGUACCUAUUUGCAGCGGAAUUCAAAACAUUAUAAAUCCUUUUCACCCCACUUAAAUCCAAUUAGUUGAAAUCAGUUAGGCUGCAGACAUGAAGCGUCACAUUGAAAAAAUCCAACGCAUUCACCGUGGCUUAGAAUACCCGGAAACAAUCUGCAUUACAUACUCUCUAAAAAUGUUAACAUACCUUGGUCAAUGGAGACAUAAACAGCAAACCAACCGGUAUUGGAUUUACUUUUUUGUAAUUAGCUGUGGAAUGUUUUUGCACUGUUUCUCGCUUUUUUGGGAUUUGUGUGAAAUUUACAAUGAUUUCAUCCUCUUUGGUGAUAACAUGUGCGUUGCAUCCGGCGUCGCUUUGGUUUUGUACAAAGCUUGUUACCACCAUUACUACAGUGCAAAGUUUGAAGAAAUUUUCGAUAAACUUAAACAGUACACCGAAGAAAAUAACAAAAGAGACAAGAUGAUAAAAGAUCUACAACGCAAAUACUUCUUGGAAGAAUACUUUCUUAUGAUACUCACCAUUUUUCUGGGAUUAUCGUUGGUCGUUUCGUUAUGCGGACAUUCGCUGUUUGAUUCCACAAUCCCGGUCCGUGCCAAAUUUCCAGUGGGAAUAGACUCAUGGCAAAAGUUAACCAUUGUGUUUCUUUUUCAAGUUACCAUGUCCGUGUACGUUAUCGAGUCGAUUGUAUUCAUCGACGGUAUCGGCGGUCAGGUCAUGAGUCAGAUGUCGUUACAUUUUCACGUCCUGUUUCUGGAGUUCCAAAAAAUUGGGGAAGAUCAGGUUGUCCAUUUGACAUGUGAAGACUGGUGGACUAUGGAGGAAGACAAUGCAAAAAUGAGGCAAAACUUACACGAUUUAGUCAUACGACAUCAGGAUUUGAUGAAUUUUGGCCACCAUGUGAAUUCAAUGUACCAACCGAUGCUCAUGGCCCAGCUUGCCUGCAGUAUGUCACUCAUUUGCUUGACGGCUUUUGAAGCAACUCUAACCAUGGAUAACUUCACUCUAUUUUUGAAAUUUUCGGUUUACGCCAUUUGUGCAUUCAUUCAGAUUUUGUACUGGUGCUACUAUGGCAACAGAGUUACAUAUAUGUCGUCCACCAUUAAUGAUGCUCUGGUACAGUGCAAUUGGAUUCCUGGAAACAGUUCUUUUCGAAAAGACCUCAUGAUUGUGUUAGCGCGUGCCCAGAAGCCAUUCGGAUUUCGAGUUUAUGGAUAUUUUUCCAUCUCAUAUGAAACCUUCAUAGCUGUUUUGAGUCGUUCGUAUUCGUUGUUUACGCUGUUCAGAACUGUCAGCGACUAAGUUAAAACUAUAUUUAGAUUUACGCAAAGAGUCACAUCUCACCCUUGAAAUUUUUUAUGCAAACUUGUUGCCUGCUCAUUAAUGAAUAAUUGGCUGCACCUUCACUUUUCUCUCUAUAGAAUAAUAAUACGACUAUGGUUGCGCCCAACAUAUGGUUUUCGAAACGAAUAUCUUGAAAUUGCACUGUUCGACAAAACAAAAAACAACUUGAGUAUGCUGAGCGUAUAAUUUUAAUCGGAAAAUGGAACGAAAAUGAUGAAAACUUGCUUUUUCCAUUAUUUUUGUGUUCGACAGGAUCGGUAUAGAAAUGUCGAAAGGCAAUUUAUUUGA